AUGGAGGACGGCUAUCAAAACCGGACUGCCUUCAUCAAAGGUGCCAAAGACAUUGCCAAAGAAGUCAAGCGGCAAGCCGCCAAGAAAGUUGGCCGCAGCGUGGACCGGGUGAGCGACGAGUACAGCAAACGCUCCUACAGCCGCUUUGAGGAGGAUGAUGACGAGGACUACCCCAUGCAAGGCAGCCAGGAUGGAGGCUACUACCGGGGGGAUAGCCAGGCGGCCAAUGACGAAGAGGGCGGCCACAGUGACUCCACGGAGGGCCACGAUGAGGACGACGAGAUAUAUGAGGGAGAGUAUCAAGGCAUCCCCAGGGCCGAUUCGGGCAAGGGCAGCCUGGCUGGAGGCCCCGGCUCGGUCAGGGCCAGCGGGCAGCAGUUCAAAGAUGUAGGGGUUUCGGAGGCCGAAAGGAGGAAGGACCAGGAGGAGCUGGCUCAACAGUACGAGACCAUUUUACAAGAAUGUGGUCACGGGAAGUUCCAGUGGACGCUCUACUUUGUGUUGGGGCUGGCACUCAUGGCAGACGGGGUGGAGAUCUUUGUGGUGGGUUUUGUCCUGCCCAGUGCUGAGAGGGAUAUGUGUCUGUCCGAACCUAACAAAAGCAUGCUGGGUCUGAUUGUAUAUUUAGGGAUGAUGGUUGGAGCCUUCCUGUGGGGCGGCCUGGCUGACCGGAUAGGCCGUCGGCAGUCUCUUCUCAUCUCUCUCUCCAUCAAUAGUGUCUUCUCCUUCUUCUCGUCCUUUGUCCAGGGCUAUAGCACUUUUCUCUUUUGCCGUCUCCUCUCAGGUGUUGGGAUUGGCGGCUCCAUCCCCAUUGUGUUUUCCUACUAUUCUGAAUUUCUGGCCCAAGAAAAGCGUGGGGAGCACCUCAGUUGGCUGUGUAUGUUCUGGAUGAUAGGGGGAAUAUAUGCAUCUGCUAUGGCCUGGGCCAUUAUCCCACACUAUGGGUGGAGUUUUCAGAUGGGGUCCGCGUACCAGUUUCAUAGCUGGAGGGUGUUUGUGCUGGUAUGUGCGUUCCCCUCUGUCGCGGCCAUCGCGGCCCUCAGUGCCAUGCCGGAGAGCCCUCGCUUCUACCUGGAGAAUGGCAAGCACGAUGAAGGCUGGAUGAUUUUAAAGCAGGUUCACGAUACCAACAUGAGAGCGAAGGGAUAUCCAGAGAGGGUCUUCUCUGUCACCACAAUCAAGACUGUGAAGCAAAUGGAUGAACUGGUUGACACCGGCACGGAUACCCCCGUCUGGCAGCGCUACAAACUGAAGAUUAUGAGCCUCACCCAACAGGUGAAAAGCAAUUUCCUCGCCUGCUUCAACCCAGAAUACAAGCGCACCACGUUCAUGCUGAUGGCCGUGUGGUUCACCAUGUCCUUCAGCUAUUACGGGCUGACGGUGUGGUUCCCUGACAUGAUCAAGUACAUCCAGAAGCAGGAGUAUGAAUCACGCACAAAGGUUUUCACCAAGGAACGAGUGGAGCACAUCACUUUUAACUUCACCCUGGAAAACCAAGUCCAUCGCCAAGGGCACUACUUCAAUGACAAGUUUCUCAACUUGAAGAUGAAGUCCAUGGUGUUUGAGGACUCUAUUUUUGAGGAGUGCUACUUUGAGGACAUCACCUCCACCAACACCGUCUUCAGAAACUGCAGCUUCAUCGCAAGCCUUUUUUAUAACACAGACUUGUUCAAAUACAGAUUUGUCAAUUGUAAGCUGAUAAACAGCACCUUUCUUCACAACAAAGAAGGGUGCAUGCUGGACUUCAGUGACGACAACAAUGCCUACAUGAUAUACUUUGUCAGCUUCCUUGGUACAUUGGCUGUGUUGCCAGGCAACAUCGUGUCGGCUCUACUGAUGGACAAAAUUGGACGUUUACGGAUGCUGGCGGGAUCCAGUGUCAUAUCCUGUGUCAGCUGUUUCUUCCUGAUGUUCGGCAACAGCGAGUCAGGGAUGAUCGCCCUCCUGUGUUUGUUUGGUGGCAUCAGCAUUGCAUCGUGGAAUGCCUUGGAUGUGAUAACUGUGGAGCUCUACCCCUCCGAUAAAAGGACAACAGCGUUUGGAUUUCUCAAUGCUCUUUGCAAAUUGGCUGCAGUUUUGGGCAUAAGCAUUUUCCAGUCCUUUGUUGGUAUCACCAAGGCCGUGCCGAUCCUGUUUGCUGCUGGCGCACUAGCUGCAGGUAGUUUCCUUGCGAUGAAGUUGCCCGAGACGCGGGGUCAAGUAUUGCAGUAA